GCGCUGCCUUCAAAUGUUGUUUUAGAUUCCGUUAUGACCUCAGGUUGUGGGGUAAUGAAUGAACUAUUUUAUGAAGAAUCCGACCAAAAGUGCUCACUGAGUACAUUACCAGAUCAAGAGGCUGUUAAUUUUGCACCUACAUUUGAUGGACCUGUGGGAGGUUCUUUGGAGGUUCUCUAUAGUUCUUUAACCCACGACGAAAAGGCAGAAUUGGAUUCUACGUCAAGAAUGAGUGGCUCUGUCAACUUUAGUACAACUUACAGGAAGCCAUGCAACUGCGCCAAGUCUCAUUGCUUAAAGCUUUAUUGUGAAUGCUUCGCAAGGGGGAAUGCUUGUGAUAAUUGCAACUGUAGUAAUUGCAUGAAUAAUAUUAUUCACGACGACGCCAGAAGGCGAGCCAUUAAAUUGACUCUUGAAAGGAAUCCUUUUGCGUUUCACCCAAAAAUAGAUCCUUAUUUUGUUUCCCUCAUUCGAACCAAGGAAACUUCCAGGAGGGAAACAAUGGUGGAUUUGUUGCUCUUCCGCAUGCAACUCAGGCGUUUGGACAGAGUACGGAAGUUGCGGGCGAGCUUUAUCCUUACGAACAAUGCCUUGGUGAAUCAGUGUAAGUUUUGUAGCGCCAAAACUAUCAAAACUCCAAUUAGUAUAUCCACCGGUUUCCUCUCAGUAGAAGUCGCUGAAGCCGCUUGCAGUUGCAUGCUUGCUCAGCUGGAUGAGACAAAACAACGGGAUUCUUCUCCAUCGCAACAGGAACGCUUUGUCAUAGAAGAAUUCGGCAGGUGUUUGGAGCAGAUACUCGACACUGCAAUGAAAUUACAUCGCGAGUCUGGCUAUGCAGAUAUGAUGAAUUACCCGGCUGUCGAUGGUACAGCCAAUCCAGAUUUUAUCACAGUACUACCAAGUGGAGAGAAUGACAUUUCCCAUUCUUCCCAAUCAGUGUAUGAAGCGGAUCCGCGGAUUGAUCUAAUGUACAAGUCUUCUCAUUCUCUGCCUCCUCUGCCCAAUAUGCGAAUAAUGAACGCAUACGACCCCCAAGGCGCUAAUUUUAUUGAUUGCCGUGGACCGAUCUGUAACGAGGAUUAUGGUUAUGCAGCUCAUGUGGUGUCCUCAGCCAUACCAAAUUCAAUUGAAGAACGCUAUCCAAUAGCUCAGUCAGUUGCAGAAGCGAAUGGACAAACAAGCUUGCUUGCACCACCAGUGGCGGAGCCGUAUGGUUUCAGUCAGAACCUUAGCGAGGUGCAGUUUCCACUGGAAGUUAUGGAUUAUCCACAAAUGCAGGAGCAAGGCGAUUAUGGUGUCACACACCAGGAAGGGACAGUGCACUUUGAUCCACGUUUUAGCCUGAACCAUCAAACACUGGAAGCAUCUACCCCAAAUGUGUACAUCGGGGGAAGAAUCGAUGCGAUUGCCGGGUUAUCUGCCAUCUGUGGAACGGACGCUAGUCAGCACACAUCAGAACAGCUCUUGGAAACACACCUGGAGGAAUUGGGUAAUCCCAGCUUGCUGGACAGGCCUGCGGCACCUGAACACAUCAGUAAAGUAGGUGAGGACAACUGUUCGGGGGCAGACGAGGAGGAAGUUCAAACAGCUACUCAGGCUCUUCUACAUGCUGCUAACGAAUAUCCCACAGAGAGUCUGGCGAUGGCGGCACAGCUAGAACUUGUCGGUUCGGCUGACAUCAGUCUUAACGCUUCUGGAUUUUCACAAAACCCAAUGAAACAGUCUAAUGCGAACGUUUAUCAAAGCCCGAAUGGAUCGGAUAAUUUCGGAACACUCGGAGAUGGUUUCCCAGAUUUACAUUCUUAUCAAGUAGAUAGUGGCAGUCAGCUGCUUUUAAAACCAGAGGUUGCAUUCUGUGAUCUCUGAUGAUAUUCUGUAACUCUUGAAUAAGGAACAGUGUGUUGUUUUAAUUUGAAUAACCCUGAGGGGUGUUUUAUCGGCGACAAUCCGGAAACCCCUCCUGUUCCAUUCUUGUCAACGUUCUACCCAGUGACUUCAAGCGCCCUAAGAUUGUUCGGUCAAUGCAUGAGUACUUCCAGUCCUUUUUAACCCCAAUCAAAAUGAGUAGGAUUUUACUUCAUUGAUCAAUUUUGUUAUUCUUGUUUGUUUCAUUUAUUUUUAUACCUGUUAUGAUAAACCAAAAAAAA